AGUAUGUUCAGUUUAUACAGUAUGUGCAGAGAUAUCACCAAUAUAUUUAUAUACAGUAUAUAGUGCAAUUUUAUGAACAUAAUUUUAUGAAAGUUAUUUAUACACAUUAUUCUAUCAUCUUAAUCUAAUAGUCUCAAUAAUCUCAUGUUAACAGAUAGCAUCUAUGGAGCAGGAGAAAGCACUGGCGGAGGUGAAAAAAAUGAAGCAAGUCCAAAUGGAAGUCAACCAAAGUAAAACUCAGGAAAAAAUCAUGAAGAUGGUGACGAACACAGUCUCAGUGCAGAGCUCUUCAACUAUGCAACAGACACACUCCAAAGAAGCCCAGUCAAACAACAUAACAACAGCAACAGAGCAGUCAAUCCCUAUGCGCAAAAGCUCUCUGUCAGAGAAGGGCAAGGCCACUGGCAAAGGUCAGUCAGUGACGUUCAACAUCUCCAGUUCAGAGGCUUCUGUACUCUCAAGCAACAAUGCUACAGACUCCCCUUCAAGUUCAACUCAGCUGUCACACAAAGUACAAGGCCUUAGGGGACGCAUCAGCAUCAAGAAACUGAUCAAAGUCAAACUCCUGGACAGUGAAACCUCUCAGAAGAUGGAGUCAGGUCAGAUGUCUAUGGAAGAAGUGCAAGCGUACAUCGCCCAGUUUGUCAGCAAGCCGACAUCAAUUGCUGGGGUUUACGAUGCGUCUCUCAAGAAAAAGAUGUCAUUCGUUGAGGCCUCAGAGAAAGGGAUCCUCGCAAAGACGUACGCAGUUGAGUUCCUCGAAGCUCAAGCAGCCACUGGGUGCAUCAUCGACCCACACACAGGUGAGGCUCAUUCUGCUGAAGGUGCCCUGGAAAAGGGAGUCAUCUCAGAAGACCUCAAGGAGAAGCUAGCAGACGCAGAAAAGGCAGUCAGUGGCUUUGCUCACGGUGGAAAACUACUCUCCGUCUUUCAGGCCAUGGAAGAAAGAAUUCUUGACCGACACAGGGCUAGGAAGAUGAUCGAAGUCCAAAUAGCCACAGGCGGGGUUGUCCAUCCAGUGAUUGGUGUGAGGGUUCCCCUGAACUUCGCUUUCGACAACGGCCUCUUGAAUCAGAUCACCUAUCAGUCCAUCUACGAUCCAGUGAGCAACCCAAAGGGCUUCUACAACCCCGAAAUUGGCCAGAGGGCUUACUACUGUGAACUUUUGAAAAAUUGCGUGUAUGACGUUGUGAGCGGUGUGUACCUUCUACCAGUUGGGGAGAAGCAGGUGGCUAGCAUUAGUCCUGACAAUGUGCAAGGCAGGCUGACAGUUGUGAACUCUUCAAGUGGGGCUGAGAUGUCAGCGUAUGAGGCCUUUAAAGGCAACCACAUAGAUGGAAAAACAUACCUCUUCCUCUCUCAACAAGAAACCGAAUGGCAGGAGACCUCCAUAACCGACUCCAGUGGAAGCGAGAUGCACAUUCUUACAGAUCUCAGAAGUGGCCGUCAACUUUGCAUCGAAACGGCUGUGCGCCUGCGUAUCCUUGAGUCGUCAGAGCUCGCCAAAUACCGCAGUGGCCUCCUCAACAUCUACGAGCUUGCAGACCUGCUGAACUCCAGGAAGGUUGUGUUCAAAAUCACACACUGUCCCAUUGCUGGAUUGUGGGACAUGGCAUCCAGGAAGAGGCUUUCUGUCCUCAAAGCUCACCUGCUGAACUUUGUGGACAGACUGACUGCCAUCAGGAUGUUAGAGGCUCAAGCCUGCACUGGGGGCAUUUGUGAUCCUGCACUGGGAGAACGUGUUAGCAUUGCGGAGGCCACCAACAGAGGGCUCCUGAAUGACAGCUUUGCACAGCUACUCAAACAGUUUGAAGCGGCCUACAGUGGCAUAGCGCACCCACAAACAGGAAAGAGCUUAUCGGUGGCCCAAGCUAUGCAAGAAAACCUGCUAACCAGAGAGGUCGGCUUGAGAUGUCUGGAGUACCAGCUCUUUACCGGUGGGUUGAUUAACCCGGAAACCCACGAGCGUAUGACAGUGGACGAGGCGCUCCUGGGUUGCCUGAUAGACAAAGCCACUGCUUCACAGCUCAAAGAUGAAAGGUUGUUUUCAAAGUCUCUCAUGUGCCCCAAGACAAAGAGGAAAGUUUCUUUCAGCGAAAUCUUGGAAAAGGGUGUCUUUGACGGACACACUGGCUUCAUGCUCCUGGAAGCCACCAAACCACAGAGCCUUAGUACUGCAGGGACUUUCCAGUACUACUGGACAUCAUAUCGGCAGAUUUAAGUUAUUCAUUUUGUGCCACCAAGGCCAGUACACGACAGCUGUCUUUUGCUUUUAUAAUCACAGUAUGUUCACACCCAAGUUCCAAUUUCAUUUUGAAAUGCUGGAGUUAAUGGCAUAAAGUGUUUUUUUCUUUCUUUAACCCUUUCUUUUGAAAUGUAUCAU